UGGCCUUGGGCUUCGAGUCCCUCUUGUGCUCGGCAGCGGUAGCUUUUCAAGCCGCUCGGGGUUAGGUGGGGCAAGAGUUUGCCAGGCGUAUCUGCCCUGCGUUUGGCUGUUUGCAACCUGUUUCCAGAGACCAGCGAGUGGGAUUGUGGCUACUGGUCAUCCGAAGAAGGGGGACUUGCUUUUCUUUCCCUUUGGCGACCUCGGCUUGGAACUGGAUAAAGCCGUAUCGAAAGGAUGUAAAUAGGCAGAACAACUGUUACCGAGAAGGCAACCACCCAAAGGCGAGGGAGGAGCGUGGGGCUGCGUCCGGGCUUCUCCCAGCCGCAACGUUAGUCAACAGUCAGGUGUUGGUGGCAACUUUUCAAGGUCAGCCACCGCGAGCAGCGAUUCCCGCUCUGAACCUUGGGGAUACGCAGCGCUCGGGUUGGGUUUGGCUGAGAAAUGCACCGAACGCCAAACGAGGAAAGAUUGUAGAGUGAGCGGGUUGUGGCCCCCAGGAUCCAUCCCCCCACCUCACGGCGAUCUCCCGUCCCCAGCUGCUUGGGCGGGGGUGAGAGGGUGACAUGUGUCUAACUCUCAGCAGCAACUCGGGCAGCAGGUGUUGGUCCUAAGCAGGAGCCGCGGCUGCCGGGCGCGCCCUCGCCGAGCCAUGCGGGCCCCGGGCGCGCCUCUCGCCCGCACCUCGCGGCUGCUGGUUCUGCUGCUGCUCGAGGUUUCUGCCUCUCCUGCCCUCGGAUCCGCCCCUGCGCCCAGGAACGAAACUUGUCUGGGGGGGAACUGUUCACCUACGCUGAUCCGGCGUCGCGGCAGGGACGCUUGGGGACUGGGGAAUUCUGCAGGAGACCUCCCGCUAGCCCGCGCUCCCAGGGAGGAGCAGGAGGCAGAGCGGCGCGCGCCGCCCGCGUGGGACCUACCGGCGGCCGCGGGCGGGGGCCCAGGUGCCGGCAGGGGGGCGGAGGCGUCGGCAGAAGAGCCCUCGAGACCUCCAGCCAGGCCGCCUGGCGCCUGGAGGUGGAAAGGUGCCCGGGGUCAGGAGCCCCCGGGAACUUUGGGGAGAGAGAACCCCACGGCACUCCAACUCUUCCUUCAGACCUCGGAGGAUAAGGAGAAGGGUCCCAGAGGCGCUGGCAUUUCUGGGCGCAGCCAGGUGCAGAGUGUGAGGACGGAACCCGGAGCCGGCGACCUUUAUUACUGGCCUAGGAGGGCCGGGAAACCCCACGGUUCCCACCACAAACCCCCGCCCAAGAAGGUCAACGGAUUGUUGGGGUAUGAAGGGCGGACGAUUGCAUCACCCGGCAGGGCCCUGGCCCAGAAUGGGUCGUCGGGCGAAGGGGUGCCCGAACGCGGGGGGCCCCGCCGGGGGAACACCACCAACCGGCGCUUGCGUCUGAAAAACCCCUUCUACCCGCUGACCCAGGAGUCGUACGGAGCCUACGCCGUUAUGUGUCUGUCUGUGGUGAUCUUCGGGACCGGCAUCAUUGGCAACCUGGCGGUCAUGUGCAUUGUGUGUCACAACUACUACAUGCGGAGCAUCUCCAACUCCCUCUUGGCUAACCUGGCUUUCUGGGACUUUCUCAUCAUCUUCUUCUGCCUUCCGCUUGUCAUCUUUCACGAGCUGACGAAGAAGUGGUUACUGGAAGAUUUCUCCUGCAAGAUUGUUCCCUAUAUAGAGGUGGCUUCUCUGGGCGUCACUACCUUCACCUUAUGCGCUCUGUGUAUAGACCGCUUCCGCGCGGCCACCAACGUACAGAUGUAUUACGAAAUGAUCGAGAACUGUUCGUCGACAACGGCCAAACUCGCUGUUAUAUGGGUGGGCGCUCUGCUGUUGGCACUUCCAGAAGUUGUUCUCCGCCAGCUGAGCAAGGAGAACUUGGGGUUCAGUGGCCGCGCGCCCGAGGAGCGCUGCGUUAUAAAGGUGUCUCCCAAUUUACCGGACACCAUCUACGUGUUGGCCCUUACUUACGACAGCGCCAGACUCUGGUGGUAUUUUGGCUGUUACUUUUGUUUGCCCACACUUUUCACCAUCACCUGCUCUUUAGUGACUGCAAGGAAAAUCCGCAAAGCUGAGAAAGCCUGUACCCGAGGCAAUAAGCGGCAGAUCCAGCUGGAAAGCCAGAUGAACUGUACAGUAGUGGCUUUGACCAUUUUAUAUGGAUUUUGCAUUAUUCCCGAAAACAUCUGCAACAUCGUUACUGCGUACAUGGCUGCGGGGGUUUCCCAACAGACAAUGGACCUUCUUAAUAUCAUCAGCCAGUUCCUUCUGUUCUUCAAGUCCUGCGUCACGCCUGUCCUCCUCUUCUGCCUCUGCAAACCCUUCAGUCGGGCCUUCCUGGAAUGUUUCUGCUGUUGCUGUGAGGAGUGCUCGCACAAGUCCUCCGCGGCCACCAGUGAUGACAAUGACGAGUACACCACGGAACUGGAGCUCUCCCCGUUCAGCACCAUUCGCCGGGAGAUGUCCACCUUCGCUUCGGUCGGGACGCACUGCUGAAGCACAGCCUGUGGUUUGGCUGGAUGCGUGCAUUUGUCUGAUUUUCAUAUCCGUGAAAAGUUUCUACUUCCUAUUUUUCCGUACUGGGGGGCGGAGGGUGUUGGGGGGAAAUGCAAAAGAAGAGAGAGAUUAACUACUAUAGAGCUGAUUUUGCAAAUUAAUGUUUGUGCUUUGAAAAAAAGUUUAUAUUUAGUUAUUUAAGAAGUAUGAGAAGGCCAAUAGUUUAAGAUCAUGCUAUCUGAAUGGUGCUAAUAUUUUAUUUGGAAAAAGAUACUGCACCUUGACUUAAUUGCUAACUUUCUUUUAAAAAUAGAAUCACUGUAUGUGGAAUGUAGUCAUGUGUUUUGUAGGUUAUUUUAUGUUUGACUGUGAUUGAAAGUAUAUUGUAUAUGGUGGUGUGGGAUGACUUGUAGUUCAGAAGCAUUCGCAACGUAGCACCAAAUAAAUUACACUUUAUUCUUUAA